GUCGCUGAUUCCUUUUGGGAGAUGGGAGACGUGUUGAUUCCAAGCCUACGGUGUGGGAACUUAUCUGUGACGAUAUGCGUCCGUGUUUCUCGGUUUUGGGACUUUUCUGAUCCUCAGGAUGAUGCAAGGCUGUUACACUGUGAUAUGGUGUUGCUCGACGAAGAGGGAAAUAGCAUACAUGCUACGAUAUACCCACCCUUCAUAGAGAAAUUCAGGCCACUCAUAAAAGAAGGUAGCGUGUACAACAUGACAUACUUUCGAGUUCGAGCAUCAAACAACUUGUACAAGCCAGUUCCAAAUGAUAUCAUGAUUACCUUCACGAAUUGGAAAAAGUUAGAGCAAGUUAUUGAGAUUCCUCCUGCAUUUCCUACACUUACAUACUCCCUCACUCACAUAGACCAGAUCCAUUCGCGCAUCGACCAUAAAGACUACUAUACAGAUGCCAUUGGGAUAGUUACUUCAGUCUCGAAUGUUUCGCCACAUCGCUCAAAAGGACAGCAAGCUUCCAGCUUGAAGAGGAACAUUUCCAUAUGCAGUGCAAGAGGUGCUUCGGUCAAUGUCGUGUUGUGGGGUGCCCAAGCCACCCUAUUCCCAGGAGAGCGCAUAUACGAGAAUGGGCAGAAUUCCCCACAGAUUGUGCUAUUUGUUGGCACGCUCGUCAAAAAAUAUGCAGAUGGUCUUUGUCUGACUGGAAGCUCACCAUGUAAGUGGUACAUCAAUCCAUCCAUUCCUGAGGCAGAAACCCUUAUGUCCAGCGCACGCGGUGAUCAUAAACCAGUGAAGUGGAAUGCAACUGUCACUUCGAGCCAGCUUAUAUCUCCUGUUGCUGAGGAGCAAAAGGUGUCGUAUAUCAAGUAUCUCCAUCCCUUUGAAAACAAGGGAAAGGAGUUCUUGGUUACUGUCACUAUAAGGAAAAUUGACAACAAGUGGUGGUAUAACUCAUGCAGAAAAUGUGCCUGCACAGCUGUCACUCACGGAGACUCUUACAAAUGCACAAACCGUGAUUGCGCUAACAUUGCUAUGCCCGUCCAAAGGUAUAAAAUACUUGUCAUCGCAGGAGACGAGACAGCUGACACAGACUUCAUUCUCUUUGGGCGCGUGGCUCAAAGAAUUGUCAAAAGACCUUGCGAUAUGCUCAUAGCGAACACUCCAUCAGGCUUCAUUCCAGAUGCAAUCACGAAGCUGCUUGAAAGGACGUUCGUUUGGAACGUUAGCUUCUCUGGGCACACAAUUAACUCUGGAAACGUCUGCUUCCAGGUCAAUGCUACCAUAAAGGAACUAGGCAAUCAGAAUGUUGACAUUUCAACGUCAACCGCAGGGACACAACAGUCUUCGUUUAUGUUCUCACAGGGUGCAAGCAGCAGCAUGAAAGACACUCCUCACAAGACAGACACCUUGUCUUCACCUCUGACACCUUUGACGCCUCAGGGUAGCAUCGCCACUACAAAGUAUUUGGUACGUGUUCCAACCGCUUACAUAAAUGAGAAGAUGUUCCUGUUUCCGCAUGCACCCACGGUUUCAGCAGAAAGCCAGAAACCACCGACCCAAGCUCAGCGCUCAGGUGAUGCUAGAUUGCUAGUGGACUACGGAAUUGGAAUCACGCGGGCCCUGGGAUGGUGGGGCGUGCUUGCCGGCGGGACGACUGGCGGAUCGACGUGCAACGGCCGGCGUCGGGGCAUCUCCGUGCUGUGCAGUGCAGUGCAGGGCCCCUCGAAUGAACAACCGAUUGAUUGA